CCCUCUGCCUUCUCAAAAUUCUACCUUUAGGGCAGAUUGAGAAAAUAGCCAUGGCAUGCUGUACAAGGGGUUAAAAACCUUCCUUAUGGUCUUCAAAAUUUGUAAGGGCUAAAAUGUAUGAUGUAUCGAUAUUCAUGAUUAACAAGCUGGGAUCGGAUUAGUGAAGGAAAGUUCACCGUAACCAAGACGUAUCAUGGCGAAGAUAGGUCUUCGUCGAAGCUCAGCGUCUGUUCAUUUGCAGUCUUAAAACAUUCAUGAAGCAGGCGUAGUAACUUAUAGCAUGGACGACAAAUGGUCGUUAGUACAGUGUAAAGAUUAGAAUACCACGUGUCACGCUGUUUCCACGUGGCUAAGUCUAACUCGAAUACAGAAAGUGAUUCGUGAAAAUUACAAGUAGGUUCCGCCAUCUUCCCGCCAAAGUAAUCUGAGUACCCAACGAGACGCGACGCGAAAGAUUUGCGGCUGUUAGUAGGAUUAAGCAAGGAUUUUCAUGGCUUGCAAUCGGCGUGUUGGGUUACCCUUGUGACUAGUGCAUUAUAAUUUCAAAGAUCUACUCGUAAAGCACGACAGUGUGGUCUGAAGAAUUCCAAUCUACCCCAAGCAACAAUUGUUAUGUCUACUCAGCAAGUGGUUCAAGACUUGUCGUUUCCAGUAAAGGUUUACGUUGGCAUCGUUCAUCUUUUACUUUUGUUUCUAGUCAUUCUGUUUCUUCAGAGACCCAGUAAAAAUGGCGACAAGGAUGCUCAUCAAGGCCGCAAAAGUCGAACGAUCACCAAAGAUGAUCGCGCCGUGACCAUCGAAUCAUGCGAAUGGAUCAACUCGACCCUAGCUUGGUUUUAUCUUCAUGCUCAAAGCGAUGAAAACAAAGAUCGCACGCCGCUGAUUGUGAAGUUAUGGCUACGUGCUUUGAAUAAACAGCUUCUGAAAGAGAAAAAGGUAUAUUUCAUCCUUUUGUUUGUUUAUUUGUUUGCAGCGGACGAAGCGGAGGGACCGUACUACCUGUGUAGUGUUUUGUUUUUCAUCUCAAAUAAGUACUUGACCUUCUGUUUAAGUCGUACGCUUUUACAUUGUAGCCAUAAAUUUAAACUUAUGUCUGUUUGUUACCUGUCAACAGUUUCUUGUGUGAGUUAAUUUUGCCCUUAGUUAAAUUAAAGCUCCCAAAUAGCAAGUUGAAAUUUCUUGAACCAUCCGGUUUGACCUAAUAGCAUGGGUUAGGCAAUAAUUUUGGCUUUUUGUAAACAUUGAUAUUGUUUAAAUCCAAGUCUUAGGGAAGUCGUGAUUUUUUAUAAUUUCUUUUAAGCAUACUUUAAUAAUAAUAUUAUAAAACGUGUUCCCUUUGUCAUUAUUGGUUAAGUAAACAAUGACUGUGGAAUAAAAUUACAAUUCUUUUUUUAGUGCUGACCCUGUCACUAAGACAGUCAGAUGCCUAAUACUGUCACAGCAACAACAACGACGUUGCAAACAUUGCAAGUUCAUUGCAAACAUGGAAAAUCAUUUUCAUUGUGCUGAAUUGAAAUUGUUUUUUAACCAUCAAAAAUCUAUUGGUUUUUGCCCUGCAUUUCUGCCAUCUUUGGGGAGGAAAACAGUAGCCUUGCAGCACAUCAGAACCUCCAAUUUAAUGAGGCCCUGUUACGGUAAAAUUACGACAGGCGACAUGACCUUGAAACAGCGACAUAAAACAGAUCAGUUAGCGACAAAUGACAGGUCAUUGGUUCGAAACUGCAACAGCGACGAGGAAAAUCACAAAUACAAUACUAAAAUACCGACAGUGACAUGGCCUCCUCUUCAAUACAUGAAGCAACCACUUUUGAAAUUCAGAUGAGGGACAUAUGUACCCCCCCUAAGAGGGCCUUUUUAAUUGGACCCCUAUGGGUUGCAGCUCUUUUGUUUUCAUAGACUUUUCCCCAGCUGUCUCUCAGUCUCGUGUGCGAGCCAAAUAGAGAAGAUUGGUGACCAGUCAGUUGUUUUCAGCUUGGUUCCAUUGUUAAUUUUGUUUAUUCAUUGUUCAUUGUAUCCCCAACUACAGUUGAGCCUCUAUUAUCCAGACUCAUUGGGAUUUGAGUAAAAAGUCCAGAUAAUUGAGAGUCCGGAUAAUCAAAAUUAUUAAAAACUGAAUUGUUGGAUAAUGCAUUGCUAGAGCUCUGAUUGGCUUAGCGAUCAUGGUACAUGACAUGAGCCAUUAUGCCAUGCUUUCCUAAUAUGGUAACCAUACGUGUCUGCUCAAAAUUAAAAGGAAGCUGAAAAUCGGUUGUGUUUACAAAUAAAGUCGGGAAGAAUUCUCGAUAUUUGUGAGCGUUUUAAUAAAACACUAAUUCCACCCACGCUUGUUGGAUAUGAGAUGAUUAUAUAGCCAACUCGGUGCUGCGUGCCUCGUUGGCUAUCUACCAUCUCAUAUCUAAUGCCCACUCGUCGAAUAAUAAUGUUGAAUAUGAAUGUUAAUCAGACAAAAAUGUAAACAUGCGGAAAAAAGAAAAGAAAACAAAAUUUUAUUGUGAAUUAGCUCUUACUUGAAUUUAUGUACAGACUGUAAGUAUUUAUGUAUUUUCAAUCCUUCGUUUGUCUCGAUGCUGCUGGUGAAUUUCAGGAUCUCCCCUUUGUUUUUGUGUACAUCUUUGAUAUGCUGUUUGCCGAUUUUAAACUCGAGUGCUAAAUUUGUUCCCUUUUCGCCUUUCUCCAAACAUGAAGUAAUUGUUUGCUUAUCCUUUAUCAAGAGAAUGGAAUGCUUUCGUUGAGUAGACAUGGCUGUGGUUUGAGUUUAUGAUUGAUUGGUCUUGUGUUUACAACAACCAAUGCAUAAUCAAACAUGACAUUCCCUUAGCAACAUAAUAAUCGAGCCAAUCAGAAUUCAGCUAAAUGCCUCUCAUUCUUUUUCAAAGCAAAACAGAUUAAACAGAGUUUCAAACACACGUUUGGAAUGAUUAACAAACUUUUAAUCGUUUCAAAUUUUCAAGAUCUACAGUAAAAACCCGCAACUAAGAACCUACAUUUUUAGGAGUUAGCCUAAACAGGUUCUUAUAUAAAUGGUAGUUCACAGAAUUUUAGGCUAUUUAGGUUCUUAAAAUGGGUUCUUCAUCCUGGAGAAAAAACAAUUAAAACACAGCUGCAAACAAGUUUGUCAUUAGCUUAUACUUUUAUUUUCUUCAGCUCCACCCCACCCUCCACCCCCACAAAAAACAUACCUCACACUCAUUUUUCUUUAAAAAACAUUUUUGCAACAAUGGCAAUCUGCUUUUUUUGCUUCAAAUAUGAUUCUUGCAAUGCAGCUGUAAUGUACUAGUAUGAUUUUAGAAAAUAAGAACCUGUUUUAAAUUUCUUAGGCUAAAUAGGUUCUUGUUAAUAGGGGGUAUAAAUGACCAAUUUUAGGCUAACAGGUUCUUAAUUUUUAGGUUCUUAGUUGCGGGUUUUUACUGCAUCUUAUUAAUCUUCAUGAAAAAAAAAGAGGGACCAGGAAAACAAGUCCGGAUAAUUGAAAAGUCUGGAUAAUCGAGGUUCGACUGUAAUCCGGUGAGGUCUUCUGAGAGCUACAAGGUCACCCAAGGGGAAUGGUUCUUUCUUCUGUGAGUUAUAGGGGGUAUAUAUAGUACCAAAGGGUAUUUAGGGGUGGGAGGUGAUAGGGGGUCCAGACCCUCUGCCUCCCAUACCUUGCAUUCCCAGCUCCCCUGUUUUUUCUUUUCUUCUUCCCCUAAGCCCCUUUUUGAUUGCAAAAUUUUAAUAUUGCAUAAAUUCCUCCUUAUUUCUCCCACUUCCCACCUUGUUCGAACUCCACCCCCCCUUUACUUUACAUCUCCCACCUCCUGUACCCUCCUGCCCUCUAUUCACCUGGCCCUGGUUUUUAAAAGGUUGGAUACCACUAUCCACUGGAUAAAUUGCUAUUCAGUGGAUGAGUGUAAGGCAAUCCAAUUACCUUAUCUAGUGGAUAGCGUUAUCAACCUUUUGAUCAACUGGGGUCUAGGCUCCUAUCCCUGCCCUCCCCAACUGUAGUGUAUAAUAUUAUUUUGAAAAAAUCCACCUCUUUAGGUCUGAUUUAAUCUGGGCUUGUACGUUUUGCAAGAGAAUUGCUUCAUAUUUUUUUAUUUCGCUUUUUUAUGUCAUUUUCAGGCAACAAAUUUGAUCUUAAAUUACUAAUCCCAGUGUUUUUUUCAUCUGUGCAGUAAGCUACUAAGGGUGCUGAAACAAACUUGAUUCACUCAGCUGAAUUUGUGUUUUUUUUUAGCAUUGUUUUUUCUCUUGUAGAAAGAUCAGAGGAUUGUUAUCGAAGGUCUAAGCCCAGGCUGUCUUCCUCCAAAACUAACAAGUGUGUACUGUUUGUGUGUUAGUGGGAAUAUGCAGGUAAAAAAAAUGUGGAUUAGAAUAACACAAAUAUUCACUGAAAUCUCUUUACAAUACAUUUUAAUAUUAUUUAUUGUAUUGCAAAGUUUUUAAUGGAUUUUUUUUUCACUUAAAGCAUUAACUCUCGUGAGUGAAUGCAAAAUUAUGUCAGACUGCCAUGUACGAAAAAGCAUUAAAUGAUUGUGUGGGUUGGGUAUCUUAGUUGAAGAGGACUUUUUGUUAAAUACCGUAAAAUUCCAAAAAUAAGCCCCUCCAUGUAUAAGCCCCUCCCAAUAUAAGCCCCCCGGGGGCUUGUACUUGGAAAAUUGCCCUCAAAUACAAAGUAAAACAAAGCCAAAACGGUAAAUUUACUUCCAACUAUAAGGCUAGCCCAAUCGAUUUUGGAACGCAAAUUUCCCUCCGUAGAUGUAGAUAAAGCUCCUCCGAAUAUAAGCCCCUCCAAAAAUAAGCCCCUCAAAAAGGGCUUUUGAAAAAUAUAAGCCCCAGGGCUUAUUUUCGGAAUUUUACGGUAGAUAGUUUGGAGACUGAACAUUCUAACGUGACCGCCUUUGCAUGUACUUACCAGUGCAAAGCUUUGGCAAGCAGUUAGGCGCUAAGCUAACCAACAUGUUGCCUGUACCAGGUCACUGCAGAACAGAAUAAUUCUUUAAUACCAGUCUCUCGCCUUCGAUGAUUUCAUUUGCCUGUAAAUAGUCAAUGCUUUUUAGAUUUCUUACCUUCAGUUUGGAUCUGAAUUAUUUUCUAUAGAGAUAAAAAGCUUUGACAAGACAAGAAGUAAGAUUCCUCUGGAAAUCAAAGGGAAAAUUUUUCCAUUUAAGACAAAAUUAAUUCCUUGAGUGUCAGUUCAAAACAUUGACAAGGCACUGAAAGUAAGUCACCUUCUGGUGACUAGCCAUGUAAUUCUGGUCGCUAAAUUUUCAGUUGUAUUGGUGACCAGCUGGUCACAAUUUUGCACCCUGUGUCAUCAUCAUCAUUUGGCACCACUACUUCCACCACUGCCGCCACCGCCACCAUCAUCAUCAUCAUCAUUGUCAUCAUCAUCAUUAUCAUCAUCAUCAUCAUCAUCAUCAUCAUCAUCACUAUUAUAAAGCUAUUAUCAUCAAAAUUGUCAAUAUAAAGUUUAAUAAACUGUGUUGUCUUCCUGCUAGUGCAUAACAUUUCAUGUGGAGUCAGCAGACCUUGGUUUUUUAAUUCAAGUUCUUCAAGAAACUGAUGAUCGGCCUAAAUCUUCAAUGCUGGAAACAAGGGUGCUCAAAUUAGCUGGAGAGGUAUUAUAAUAUGACUACAUGUACAGUGUGUAUGAACUGCUUAGUGUAUAGCCUCUUUGAGAUAAAAAAGUCAGUCUUGACUCUGCCACAAUCACCCUGACAUAAAAUCAUGGAAGCAAAAUUGUUUACAGUACUGCUCAAAAGUAUUAACUAAAGGCCGACACUGAACCUGAUUCUCAAAACAUGAUUCUCUUGUUUGAAAAUGUGAAUAACUUGAACUUUGAGACAAAAGAAUUGAGUUCCAAUUCUCUCAUGUCAAGUUUCAAGAAAACAGGAUUUUUUUAUUUCUUCAUUGGUCAAGCAUAUUUUAUUUUUCUUGAGAAAUGGACAGUUUUGACUGUUUGACCACACUGCAAUUCAAUACCACUAAGUCUUAAAAUUUAAUAGUGCUUUUAAAUUCUGUCACACAACUUGCACUGCUUUGCAACGAGUGAAGCUUUGCGACAGGGGAAGGGGGCAUAUCACUUUAAAUGAAAUACCUUCAGAUAGUCUGGAGAAUUGAGAUAAUUAAACCAGUCUUCUGUUUUCUUCUUUAAGGUUGCCCUUAAGUUGAACACUGCUCUUUCAAGGGUAGAAGUAUCUAUACAGUUUAUUGGUGUUCCAGAGAUUGCCAUGGCAACUAAAUGCUUUGACAAGGUACGAAACUGUUUUCUAUAAACGCUGAUGGGGCAGUGGGUAAUCCUUCACAGGUCACAAGAAGACAAUGUUCCUCAGAAAUUUUGAAAAGAUUGCCAAUAAUAUUAUUUGUGGCCUCAUUGUUCCUGAAAAGCCCCUUUGGGGAUUUAACAAUAAAGUAUGUAUGUAUGUAUGUAUUUAAAUGGGCCAAUUUUGUUUUAAAAUUAAAACUCAUACUAAUUGAAUAGAAGACAACAAAAUAAUGUAAAAUUAAAUGAAAUAAUAUUAUUUAUGAGUGAACCUCAACAUUUACAAUAUAUGAUUUAUUUUGUUUGUAUUCCUUUGAGCUUUUCGAGUCUAAUAUCACAUAAUAGGGUACUAAGCUAUAAGCUCUGCCCUCCUGGAAAUGAAUGUUGGGGAAUUAAGUGAAAAUGUAGCAUGGAAGUGCUGUCUGAGCCUUCAAAUAACACAAUCUUUUUUUCUGAAGGCAGUCAUGCAAGUGUAUGCCGAUUGGGUCAUUUGGGCUUUUUUGAGGGCAUUUUGUCCUCAGAAUAAAAAUAUAAUUGUGUUCGACGUUAGGAGAAUGCAACACAUAAUCUUGGGAUUCCUGUGGUACUCAAGGGUGACCUUUUGUAGUACUCAUUUCGUUGUACGUCUGCAUUUUCUGCGCCAUCUUGAAUAAUUUAUCUUAUGGGCACAAAAGUGUUAAAUACAACAUUAUAUUGAUGUAUAUUUUCUUAAUAAUGGUUGCGUGGCGCAAUGGAUAAUGCGUUGUCCUUACACGUCGAAGGUUUUGUGUUCGACUCCUGCUGGGUAAGACUUUUUUCAUUUUUUCGUAGUCGUUUUGUUUCGUUUUGUCUCUUUUUAAAAAAAAAAAAAACAUAUAGGAAGCGUUUUGCAGCAUCAAUUUAUUAGGAAAUAAUGUUACAUUUGACAGUAAACCUAAACAAGCUCAAACGCACUUCCUAAUCUGAGAUUACUACUAGUAAUAGAAUUUAUUGUUACUGUGUGUAUGUACUCACAGGGAACCUACAGAAAAUCAAAAUGGAACAGAACUGAAUCUGUUAAAAUGGUCAGCAUACACUUUUUUUAUUUAGAGUUGCAUAAAUUGUAUAUUCAUUUGGUAUGUUCAGUACCAUUAACCAGGAAGAUAAAAUGAAACGAAUUUUUGUGCAUUGGGUUACAUUUGAAUAUGUAGAGAUAUUUCUUUCAUAGAAAAUACAACAGUGUUUACAAGUACCUGUUAUACCACCUGCAAAACUGUUUAAUUGAACCAUCUAGCUAGAUAUAUAAUUUGCUAUUUUUAUUCCUAAAAACUUAAAUUAUUACUCAAAUAAUUUAAAAUCUCACUUAUUUUCACAUAUUUUUGUUGAUAAUGAAGAAAAUUUCAUUUGUUCAUUAAGACAAACUCUUUAUCCUUGCCAUUAGCCUUUUACUGUUCGUCAGAGUUCAGGGACUUGAAUUUUGUUUUUAUUUUAUAACCUGAAAAUUAAAUUAGAUCUUGUGGAUCCAAUGUUAACUCUGUGCAAUACUAUGUCAUGUGUUGUUUAAUUUUAACAGUUUUAUGUCUUAUUUGUGGUUUAUUUUGUUUGUUAAUAUUGUUAUGGAAAUGAAAGUUGAGAGAAAUGUUGGAAGAGAAAAAAUUGAGAAGUUGAAAAAUUUUAUAAUGCCACAAUAUUACAAAUCAAAAGGUGUUUGAUGUAAAAGCAAUUAAUUCGUUAUUUUUACUUCUUAUUAAAAAGAACCAAGUAUUUUCCAUCACUCCAUUUUUUAAUCAUGCCCUAUUUUAUGUUGAAUUUUAUAUUGCAAAGUAAGAAUAGAAAAGGUGUUUUAUAACUCAUACAUUACUGUGCGACUUUUGAAUGCUUUUGCUUGAUAGGACGUUCUUAUAUUGCUCAUGGUGUAAACAAUCAUUUAGUUGUCUUUUGGAUAAAAAGGAUAGAACAAGAGUGAUAGAACUCAAGGUGGAAUAACUUACUUUAAGUUGGCACUAUGAAUGCUAACAUAAAUGCAAGACAAAAGUCAGUGGACUGGUCACUGAUACCUUUGUGUUUAAUUAGCGUUGAAGAUUUCUUUUCAAGGUAACAGGUCUUACCUGCUUAAUGUCAAUGAUAUCUUUAAACUUUUCUGUUUCACUUCAAAGACUUUAUUGACCUUUUUUGAUAUCAUCAAAGGUGAUUUAAUGUUUCUGGAAUGCAACUUUAACCCAGACUCCUAACUCUUGUCUCUUACUCAGCUGAAACUGCUCUGUUAUAUUACACUAGUAAAUAUCACGAAGCUUUCAGCUCAUAAAUUAUUCACCUUGACAGAAAUAUUGCCAGACAUCAUUUGAAAUACAACCAACUUUUGCCCUCAAGAAGUUACUAAUAAUAGUCAGUUUUUGAAGGAAAUUGCAGCUAUCCCAAUAUGGGACAGGAAUCUUCAAAGCAAGGUAAAAUUGUCUCUGAUUCUACAAAGAGCUUGUUUCUAUUGUGUUGUUCUACUGGUUGUGGUGAUUUUGAAAGGGUCCUCAAAUGUUGACUGCAGUGUUGUGGUUUAAAGCAGGGAUUGGCAAUGAGGUUUUAGAACAAAGCGAGGAAACCAAACUGCAGUGUGUUAUUAAGACAUCAUCAGACCCCUCUGGUUUGGAUGGGGUAAGUUUUCAAAUUAACAUGUUUCUUUUAAGUCUUUACACACCACUGUGUCGCCUAUAUGACUGGUACUCUUAAAACAAGAAAAUUGAAGAAAAUAGGUUUGCUGUGACACUCUGUGUUAGUUUAUUGUUCAAGCACUGCUGUAUUCAUUCUCAUCUUCCAAUUCAAUUAAUUUUAGAAGACUAAAGCACAGCUUUUACAUUGUUUAGUAAUAAUUAUAGCGGCUAGUACAACUAUAUAGUGCUUUUGAUGAGAUAUCAGCUUUUUAAAAGAGACAGUUGCAGACUGUGAAUCCAUGUGAUACAUGUAAAAAAUAAUCUGAAGCAUUUGUGGCAGUAAAUGUUGUAGAACUUAUCACUUUAACAAUGUUAUUAAUGUCUUCCAUUUUUUUAUGAAUUAAGUAAUUAUAUUCUGAUUUCUGCUUCCAUAAUUUCAAGAAUGGUUCAAAAAAUCUUAAUUAAGCUAGUCACUGAUUACUUUAAAAUGUAACAAUCGUUUUGUGAGAUACAGUGUAUAAACUGUUUUAAGUUAAGGUAAAUAUGCAACAAUUAAGUUUAAUUAUCAUUUUGUAAUGCAGAAAAGUGAUGUCUCGCACAAAAAUGUUUGUUACAGUUUGCCAUUUUCAAAUGGAUAGUCCUUGUAUGCUGUUCAUCAGUUAGUUAUUCUAGUGUGAAGUUAAGAAGAUGAAGUUUUUUUUUUCUUGAAAUUCUAGUAGAGAAGUUUGUUGUUCAUUUUGCUUCUAAUCGUGCACUUUAGAAUGCUUUCAGAUCCUUGGAUAAAUAAAAAAAAAUUAUGCCUUUUUUACUUAAGCAUAUCCCAAAAAAGGGAAUAAGGCCAAUAUCCAGCCAAUGUUGAUGUAUAUAUAGCUGAAAGAGCAAAUGACCUCUCUGUCUAAGUGACAACUGAUAAUGUAUAAGCUGCCAGAUUCUUCUUUCAAUGUGCCUUGUAAGUGCUUGCAAAUCAAAAGGAAUUGAAUAUUGGAUCAGAAAGCACUUAGGGCCUUAUUCCACUCAUCAUGCUACUACAGUUUGUAAUAAUUCAAACAACAAAUCCACUGACAAACCCACCACUGUGGAUUUAUUUCCAAAUACAGCAAAUGGUCACUCACUUGAAUAACAAAUUGAUAGUUGCCUUAAUGAUUUUCUGCCUAAUUUGCUAAUUAGAUGCCUUUAAAAUUUACCCAAACAACGUACUGUAACAAUAUUGUAAUUUUAGUUUAUACCACCCCAAAGUGGUACAUUAAUCCACAAUUUAAUUAAUUAAAGCCUCUAAAAGGGAAUGGCAAUCUCUCCUUUCAUUCUUACAGGGGUGUACACCCCUGGACAUAGACCAUGAACCAAUUGCUGGCGAACAGCCAUUAAUGUCUGUACUCAGUAGGCUUACAGAUUCUUUGCUCGUUAGGCUGUUGUUUAGAUCUAUUUUGCUACUACUACAUGUAGAUAAUGCUUUACUUUUUUCAUACAAAUUUCAAAUUAUUUGCAUUGCUUUCUGUUCAGAAUUUGUACAGUGUACAGUGUGUUCUUCCAGGGAAUAUGCAUGCAUACUCUUGUUACACUCGCUCUAUGGAGGAUCUCUCUGAUUUGAGCUGGAAAUUUCAGUUUAGCUUUGGAUUUCCCUUUUAAAUAUUGGCCUUUAAGACCAAGUACCCUCUGUUGGGCUGGUCUGAGUAUUUUGUAUCGCACCACAUGAUACAAUAUAUCAACAUAUGGAUGCAGCAUGACAAUGAUGAUGGUUAUGGGCAAUUUACUGGGCAUUAUGAAGGAAAUUAAGGCUUCAUCAGUGAUUUUGUUACAAGUACACAUAGUUAUGGUGCGUCCUGGUACUCAUCUAACUUGUGAAAAAUCGUGAGUUCCUGUCCAGAACUAAUGAGUCCCAGUUAAAAAAAAAAAAAAAAAACUAGUCCAAAAUUGAAAGUGCUUGGUCCUUUAUGUAACCAGACAGUUAAUCUGAAGACACACUCCAAAACUCUGUAUUGCAGUAUACUGAAAUUGAAAUAUUAUAGUCCUUCUAUUUUAAAGCACAACAAAGGCUAAAAGAAAAAUAACUGCCACAGAAAUUACAUGAAUGGUAUAUUUCUACAAAUACACAUGCAUGUUUAGAUCAAUCAAUCGAUCUUUGCGUUGUACGGGACGUGUGCCAUGAAUUAUUUUAUGUCUUUAGGGAUUUUUAUUUGUCAAGGAUGCAGCACCCAGAGGUAACAAAAUCACUGCUUCAUGGUUAUUUAAGGAGUGAAGCAAGAUAUGGGGAUAGUAAUAUAUCCAUCACAGAAUUGAACAAAAUUGUACACAGUCAUGUACUUCAAUCUUCCAGGUAGUUAACUCACUGUAUUGUUGUCUGUGAUUUGUAUCUCGAUCAGGACAGUGAGGUUGAUGGCGCGGAAGUUCAGGAGAAAGUCAAAGAAGUUAUUUGUAAAACCAUCACUACACUUCCACUCACUGCAGAUACAACUUCCAAGGAAAAGCUCAAUUCAGAUUUGGUGAGUAGCAUUUCUACCUGUAGGUCCUAGAAAUUAACCUCUUUGUCUUAGAAUAGUGGGGGAGAAAGGAGCACUGCAGCAAAACAGUUGAUUGAAAGCUAUCAGAAGAAGGGUUGUUCAAAGCCAUGUCUGCCAUUUUCUGUUUUGUAAGGCUUGACACUUGAUAAGUGAUGAAACUUUCAUUUUGUGAUAAGAAAAUUCCUUGAACCAGACCAAAUGUAAAGAAAUGUUAAAUUUGUGAGUCUCUGUUACUGUUUAAAUGAAAGCUACAGUGUAGCUUUUUACAGCAGUAGCAGUAUUUUCUUGUGGUAUAUGUACUGUCUAUUAUGGUUUACAACUGGGUUUGUACAGGUCAUGGAAAACCUGGAAAGUUAUGGAAUUUAAGAAUUUCAUUUUCAAGGCCUGGAAAGUCAUGGAAUUUAAUUGUCGGUCCUUCAAAGUCAUGGAAAAUUAAAGUUUUGUUAGGUAGAUGAGUUACUGCAGAUGACAAAACAAGAAUAACACGUGAAGGGGAGUUAUUUAAAAACAGUGCAAACGGCAUGCAAUGUGGUGGAUACCAGAGUUUGUUUCUGUUGAAGUGUGUAAAGUAAAAAAAAAUACAGAUGUAUGCUAAAACAGGUACACCUGUAAGGUUUUGAAAUUUUCGAAAAUGACAGCUACACAUAAGGUCAUGGAAAACUGAGAAGGUGAUGGAAAAAGUCAUGGAAAGUCAUGGAAUUUGAAGAACUCAAAAGAGUAGGAACCCUGUACAAAACAGUUUAACUUUUAACCCUUUAAGGCAAAAUAAUGAUCAGCAUGAAAUUUCUCCUUAUAAUAUAUAAAACAGUGGUCAGGAGAAUUGAGGACAUGAUCAAGAAAGAUGAAUCUAAUUGAUACUUCAGCAAAUUCUCCCCACCACUUCUUUUGAAAACAUACAGGGACAACAAAUGAGAAUAACAAUUUUGAUAUUAGGGUGUAGAGGGUUGAAUUGGUACAGGUGCAGGUGUAGAUGAAAAUCAUUCAAUGAAAGUUACUGAACAGUACAGUACAUUUGAAUUGUAGUAAUUGUUCCUGGUGUGUAAAUUUGGUAUUUAAUUGGACCAGAUUUUUGAUCAAGAGUAGUGGCUAAUGUGAGACUUGAAAGCCACAUCAUAUAUUGUAAAGUGAAGAGUCUGUUUUUGUAAAUCACUGAAAAUGAAAAUUAUACAUGUGUAGCUCAGUUUUUCUGCUUUAAGUGAAUCUCUUUUGUGUGCAUGUCUCCACAUCGUCUGGCAGCAUAAAAUGUUAGAGAUCAAUAAAGUGCCAAAAUUUGUACAGCUGUAGUUACUUCAUUUUAAAAUAUUAUUAAGCUGCACCUAUGUUGGAAUCCUGUGCCUUAGUAGCACAGGUAUGUCCAGUGGUCUGUGGGGCAGGCAACAGAGAGAGGAGAAAACAGAUUUAGAACUGAGAAAUAAUAUUAUUAGAAUAGGGAAAAUAGAGGAAGUGGUAAUUUUCAAACAUUAUAAAAAUGCAAUAUGAAGGCCAAAAUUUGUUCAAGAAAUAUUUGAAAAAAAAAAAAAAAAAAAAAAACUACUGGUACUGGCCAACAAAUGACUUUUAAAAAAAUUGCCUUUUGUAAACACCAGAAUUUUUUUUUCUCAGUUACCUAUCUCACUAGCAUUUGGUUUGUCAGAUUUACCUGUGUCGAUGAUAGAAAGAUCAACCGUCAUUCUACAUGCAAGUUUGCCAGAAAGUGGAUUACAUACUGCUUGUCAUCCAGCAGCUAGUCCACCAAAAAGUUUUUUUGAGGAGCACAUUUUCCGAAUUUGGCAAUUGAGUUCCUUGAAAGAGAGAGAAAUGGCAUAAUAAUAAUUGAAAGGGUGGAGAUGUCCCCUCCAAAAAGGAAGUGUGGGGAGUAGAAAAUGAUUGUUUUUACUUGAAGCCCUUAUUUUUUCAGUAUGCUUAAAUGUGAUAAUGUGACCAUUUAACGUAACAUACAGCUGCACAGAAUAGUUUGGUCACCUUUAAUGCCUGUGUGUUUGUCUUCUAUUUUGUGCUUUUGAAAUUUUUGUUAUAACUAGGCUUUUCUAUAAAAAGUGAAAUUAAUUGAUGUCAUGGGAAAAUUAUUUUAACCAUAAUGUAAAGAUUUUUUAUUUUAUUUUUGUUUAUCAUACAGCCAUGCUAUAGAGUCAUAUUAAAUUAUAAUCAAAAACAGAUAUAUAUAUAUGGGUUACAGGAAACAUUUUUUAUGGACCUAUCUAGGAAACUUAGAUACUGGUAUGUUUUUUGCUGAAUUUUAUUGAUACUGGCUUAUAGUGGAUCUAAACCUUAAAAUGAAGAUGUAUUGGACAUUUUUAUGGUCCUAUAGUUAGAAUUAUUAAUGUGAAAAUUAGAAAAAUUAAAAGUGAAGAAAAAAGCUUUCUUAGAUAUCAAUAUAAACUACCACCUGCUCAUCUCUUGUCAUGCAAAUCUAGUUCUUAUUAAUUAUUAAUUUCCAAAACUGUUUCUUUGAAUGGUUUCAUACUGAAUGUAUUUCUGUAGAAAAGAAAGCUUGAAAAACCUCAGAAAGAUGCUUACUAGGAGAUGAUGGCUUUUUCAUGCUUGUGCUGUAAAUAUUCAUCAGUUUGUUUACCAACUUUUAAUUUUUAAUUUUGGAUGAGUAUUUUUGUCACAAUGUAAAAAACAAUGCUAAGUCAGACAGACAGCUGAAAUUUUUACUGCUUGUAAUUACCUUGAAUGUCAAACUUCCCAUUGAGAUUUUCACUUUGAAAGCUUUAUGAUGUUCCAGUCGACAUUUUUGCUUAAAAGUCUCCUUCCACAUAAACCUCUGUGGAGCUGUGGUUAUUAAUUAUAAGAAGCCAACAUGAAGAGUCACACCAACGUUGAGAUCGAAAACAACUACUUUGUCAAUGUUCAUGUGUAUGUGUUUAUGAAUGAACGGAGGAGACGAGCUAAGGUAGGAUACGCUCUGCUUAUCAAACUGUGUUCCUAAUUUAUAUUUCACUAGUCUCACCUUGUGUUGUCUUUAAAAGGAACAUUUUAUUCAAUGAAUAUAAUCAAAUGAUUCAAUUUAAAUUGUGUUUCUAUCUGAAAGAGGAACAGUGUAAAGGAUCACCAAGAAUAUAUGUUGCAAUCACGUAAAGUCUACCAAGGGAAUCAUUUUUGCAAGUCUGCAAUUUAAUCUAUACUUGAAUGAAUGAAUUUCGCGUUGAACGAAGAAGUCGAAGUUGUUGUUUGUGCCGCAAUCAUACUUAUUCCUUAAAAAAAAAAAACAUUGAGUAUACUGUGACUAGAAAUGAGACCUUUGCUUUUACAAAAUAGUUUAGAAAAUAAUUUGAGAAAGAUUGACAUGAUAAUAUUAUUUUUGAGUUCCAAAAAAUUACAUCUGUCUAUGUCGACCAACAGUACAUUAAAUUAACAUCUAUUCAACCAGUCUACAUGCAGGUGUAUAUAGCACAGUCAGAAAAUUUUACCUUACAAAGAAGUUAAUAUUUCCACAUUGUAUUUCAAAAAUAUAUGUGAAUGCGGCCUCAAGUCAAUAUUAGUUUUGUUUAGCUCUGGUGAACUUGAUCUUUAUCCACGGUUCAAAAUAUGAUUCAUUUUGUUAUUUUAAUUCAUUUUGGUGAACUUGCAUGCUCCUAACAGCUAUAUCGCACAGCAGACACCUUGCUAUGGUCGAUGAGCUGGUUCCCUUCCAUUUUUCAGCAACUUACUUGGAAAUUCCUGAAUACUGAAAAGGAAGGGCUUUUUCCAUUCAAUCCAAAAUUCCAGAAAUUUUGGUUGGUACAUCAAAUGGAACAGACUCUUUUGGUUUGGUCCGACUGGAAUAUUCGGGACCCGCUUUGAAGGUGGUCCUCUUUGACUGGUCUGGUCAUUUCAGUCAGUUGGACUGAAAAGUCCCUUUCCUUUUGACGAAAUUGUUGUCCCAGUACUGCUCUUUUGUUUCCUGCUUACAAGAACAAUAACUGAACACGCAGAAAAAUGAAAUGAAGUUCUUGUAUGCGAACAUAUUAGACAAAAAAUGUUUUCUCAGAACACUAGAAAUCGUGUUUCAGGGGAUCAGGAGAAUGCCCCCAACCUCCUUCCCCCUAGCAGCUCACCCCUUCAGCACAUGUGUGAUUAAUAAUUAUUCCUCGGUUGGGAAAAAUAUCCUGAUUUUACAUAUUCAAAAGGUUGAACAAUCUGUUUCCCAAGCACCCCAACAAAAAUGCUAUUGAGCCUGUCCUUUAUUUUUACAGACCGGGGAUAUUUACCAGUAACUUUGUGAAAGAGAAACAAGUGAUUUCAAAAUUUUCUCUACAGGGCUCAGCCAGUUCUAAAGAAAGGCUCAACUCCCCGUCAUCCAUAUCAUGCAUUGGAGAAGAAGGCAAACUCCUUGUCAAAGGUUAGCACAGAGUUCUUGAAAUGUUAAACUUUGAUCAAGGGUGUAGGGAAUCUUUCUUUUUUGAGGACCUGCUAGAGAGUCUAGGAAGACAACUCAUUUUGAAGAUUUCAAAAGGUGUCCUAUCUGAAAAGUUUCAAAGUUCUUGAUCAUGGCUAGUUGAGCCUCAUGUGUAUUGUGAGAAUUGAAAGGAAAUUAAUAUGAUCAGGGCUCUCAUUACCUUUGUCAUCAAGACUUUAACACUUCGCCCCUUACUUCCCAUACAAAAAGGUUCCUGACCUCCUUUUUAAUGUAUGUUUAGACUGUUCAUAUUCGUUUAUUUUGAUACACAGUAUAGUGCUGAUAACAGUGGGUUUGCAAUCUUAAUUUGAUAUGGCAAGUGAAACUUGAAACAAUACAAGUUAUUUUUUGUAAGGGUAGGAGUAAAAUAAAUUAUGCCCUCCCCCAAAUUUCUUUCACCUGGGAAAUUUGUGCCUCCUUCCCCUCUUAGCCUCACCCCUCCACCCCUCCAGCACCAGACUCUGUUGAACUGGCAGUCUCUUGACUGAUGAUUAUAUUUUUAUUAUUACCUAGAAAAGAAACCUAAUAAGAAUUAUUUAACAGUUAAUGAAUUAGGCUGAGUGUCUUAUGAAGAAUUAUGGAGAUAGAGGAUGGUGUUAAUAACACCCUCCGAGAUUUCCAUAAUUCUUCAUAUGAUACGAAAGCUGAAUUCAAUAAUUGUUUCAUUAUUCUUUCAAAAUAAUUCCUAGUUUAAAAACAUAGGUAAAACAUGCUUACCUCCAUCGAUGUUAAGUUCAUCUUCGAUAGUGUACGUUUAGGUUUGUCCAGUGCCACCAAUAUUCUCCAAAUAGUAGAUGUCACCCUCCGAGUUGUCUUCGUGCUGUUUUUGCUAUAUUUUUAGCCACUACUUCGCCUAGUUCCAGUAGUUCUUACUCUUGAAAUAAGUGAGUUGUUGGUCAUUUCUGAACAACUCAAUCUCGUCACCAGGCCUUCUCGGUUAACGGUUCAUUAACUUGUAGCGGGCUGCAUUUUUGACAUCAUUUCCUCGGUAAACAUAAAAUUCGUCCAAAUUUGGUCAUCGGUAACUGGUUAUUGUGAAUUAUGCGUGUGCUUUUAGCCAAUCAGAACUGGGGAAAUAUUUUGAAUGAAUAAUAAUGUACAUUAAUGUUGUACCCAGUAUCUGUUUUCUUACUGGGUAAGAGGUACAGUUAAUUUUGUGAUAUCUGGAAUAAUCAAGGUCUUGGGAAGUGUUUUUAGCCUGGGCCGAUAACCGGAGCUUGAUUAUACCAGAUACCACAAAAACCUCAUCCAAUACUUACGUUUGAACUACACUGUUCUUUUCUUUUUACAGUAAUCAAAGCAAGUGGUCUCUGUGGAAAGGAAAAAAGUGGUGAGAGUUUUAGACCAUGUCAAAAUAAUGCUGUAGUUGUCAUUGCAGUUUCUAUAUAAAAAAAUAAUGUAAUAGUGUUAUUUCUAGUGUCUUGGACUCAGCAGUAGAAUAAUUUUUCGGAAACCUGAAAAUAUGAUUCAAAAUGUGUCAUUUAUGUUUAAAUAAAAUAAAAUAAAUAAAAAUCAAUCAAAUAAUGAUUUUAUGAGCAGAGUUUUGUUAAAACAAGCAACUAAGAAGAAAAAUGAAAGAUAUGUAACACAACGUUUUGGGGUCCUCAUGACUCCAUUAUCAAGCAAAUGCGGACCAAAGUGUUUACUUAACCAGCUCCAUUUGCUCGAUUGUAAUAUUAUUCACAUCUCACUUGGUAAUGGAGUCAUGAGGACCCCCGAAACUUCUUGUUAUAAAUCUUUCAUUUUUUCUUCCCAUUUUAUAAUAAACACAACAAUUAAAAAAAAAAACCUAUAACAUCUCUCCAUGCUUGUUGUUUCAUUUUUUCUCACCUUUUUUACAUCUAACUUGUUUUAGGUACUGUCAGCCCAUAUUGUGUUGUUUCAACCAGUAAUCCAUUGCAACGCAAGCGAACCAGCAUGGUCAGAGAUAAUGACAGCCCAUUUUGGAAUGAAUAUUUCACUUUGUAAGUUUACCACAAUCUUUCAAAUACCCCCUUGAAAAAAAAGGGGGGGUGCUUAGUUUCCCAGCCAUUUUAAGGAGAGGGCUCCACAAUUGCCACCCUGGCGACAGAAAUAGGUGGUGGCCUCUGUUGUGAAGUUAGUCCACUUUGAUCGGUCAAGUCAUUUUGGUCGGUCAGACCGAAAUGUCCCUUUCCAUAAUAUUAUGACAAAAUUGUUCCGCUCUUUUGUAUCCUGCUUGCAAGAACAAUAACCAAAAUGUACCAAAUGUACCAUUACAUGUACCGUUUGGAAUUUCCAAACUUUCAAACUGGAAUUUUUGUUGAAUGGAAAGCGCUCAUAAAGUACUCUCUCUAAUACCACCUUCUCCGCUCCUUAACCAGUCAGCAUUUGCCAACCCUCGCUCUUGCCAAUAGGCUAUAGAAAUGGAGUUAGAGAAGAGUUUCCAUUUCUUGACUGGGAGGUUCCUGUUUAUACUCUUCGGUACACCAAUCCUUUGGGCAAUCUUUUUACUUUAUUCAUCAGCAUGGUUAUCAAAUGCUAAGGGAGCUUUCCAUUUGUCAGAACUGACCUGCCAGACCUCUCCCCUCGUGAUGAGAAAUUCACUUUUGAUCAAAACUAUCCAGCCAGAUCAAUCAAAUCUUAAAUAGAGUCCACGGCGAAGGUGGGUUUUUAUCAAAAAUUCUUGGAAAAAGUCUAUUUCUUUGUCAAAAUGACUGGUUGGGCCAUAAUCCAGCUGGCCAGUUCUGAGUUUUGGAAAGCGCCCUAAGUUAGCGUUAACUAACUUUUGUUUCAUAACUGUUUGCAAUUCUCCGGCCUUAUUUCUCCUUACUUCAAAUCUCCGACCUAACCCCUCUGGAAGGCUUGAUACUUAGGACCUAGGCGCCUUUUCCUUUAGAAAACAGAGCAUUGUGGGGAGAAUGUGGUUUGCUUUCAUUCUGGGCCUUCCCGUGACACGUCGCUAGGCCUAUAAAAGAAAAAACGGAUAGGCCUAGGGAAUGGACAAGGCAGACCCCUUGGUAGGCUCUCUCAGGUCCUGUCUUGAUCCUUUCUGCGCGUGCGAGAGUUUUUGCGUCUUCUCUCCAUUCUCCACCCGGCUUCGCAACUCCACUGGCAAAACUAUACUCGCGCUAAAUAACGAUCCCGUCGGCUACGCAGGUUACUCCCUGAGAAGAGGCAGCAGAGCGGGCUCUUUUCCCAAACAGUGCUUAUGGUAAUCGAGCCUAACCCCUUGAUGCAUCAUAUAACCUACAUGUACCUGCACCCUUCCCUCGGAGAAGGAAAAACGAGACGCUCCCUCCCGCCAUUUUUCCCUCUUCGGGGGAAGGGUGUGGCUACACGAAGGCUACACCUCACACCGUCCUAUUUUAUAUGUUUUGUUUACUUUUUUCCGUUAGUGACAUCACUCCGAAGACGAAAGAGAUUUCUCUUGAUAUAUAUGACUACGAGAAAACCGACAGAGGCAAGUCUUAGGUUUUCUUUUUCUCCUUUUUUGUGGUAUUGAUAAAAGUAUUUUUAGCCAGACUAAUCUAUUUUCUUGUAAAUAUUUGAUUUUUAAUUCAAUAUGUCCUAAUACUGCAUUUUUAAGGCGUUUGAAAACGAAGUCACCACUAAAACAAAACGCAUUAAAGCUAACAAUUUAAUUGAAAAUAACUUUUCAGUGAAAAGACCUAUAGUCAUAAUAGUACUUGUAAAUAAAUUUGACAAAAUUCUUUAAGAUAUGUUUUGAAUCAAUAAUCACAUUUUUGAGUUUUGUGUUCAGCAGCCAGCUUUUAUUUUGUUGGUCUUCUAAGUGAAACUAAAUUUGAGGUAUUUUAAUCAUGAAAUUCUGCAGCUUUAAAUCUUGGCAGCUCUUAGGUUUGAAGGACUCAUAAAAUACCUUCUUUUUGUACUACUGAUAACAUCAAAUGCUAAUAAAUUUUCCUAAAUGUAGUAUAAUAUUAUAUCCCCAUUAAAUUAUAUUAAUUUUAAACAGAUUGCAAUGGCCAUGUUAACGACAGUGAAUCCACCCAGGAACAAGGUGAAAAUAAAGUUUGUUUUAAGCACAGUGUACCGAGAGUUUUCAGCUCUUUUCAUCCUAAAAUUAAUAUUUUAAAAAAAUCGUAAAUUUCAUUUCUUAAAGUCCUGGAAAACAGAUAGUACCGUACGAAAGUACUGCUCAGUAGCUUCCAUUUGAUUCGUCACACUUUAUAUAAGAAUUCAUCCACAGAUUUAAAAGUAAACCUCAGUUACAUAUCUCCAUUUGAAGGGAAUGACCGGCAAAUUGUUGAUGUUCGAAAUAUGUUUAAGUCGUAAACUGUUCAUUUAAUUAGUAGGAUGCCUAAAAUAAUUUUAUUCGGUUAUGUUAGAAGGGGCUUCCCACAAUGUGAGCAGUUACUGACAAGGCGUAUGAGUUAGAAAGACAACCCAAACUAAAAAAUGCAACUAAAUGCUCACGUCAUUAGAGAGGAGAAGUCGUUACGUCACUUUGUCAUGGUAGCAAAAUUUCUGGAUGACAACAAACCGAAUUUUUGUGUUGUGUUCUCCUACGGUGCUGUACUCUAUCAAGUGGGUGCGUGAAAUUAGAGCGUUUCAUGUCGCAGACGACCGUUAAGAUAUUUACAAAAAAGCAUGAUGCACGUGCAAAAUUUUUAUUUUGCUAAUAUGAACUUAUUGCUUUUUUGCCGUUUUCGUUGCCGUCGCCGUCGCCGUCGUCGUUUCCUAAGCUUCUUAUUGUUGUGAUCCAAACAUUUAGCUUCCAUUAUAACAUGACGUCAUAAAGCACGUGCUCAUAAUAAGAUUCAGAGUGUGCAUCCCCCCCCCGGGCACACAACCUACACCAACAGAAAAUUAAGUAAUAGAGGAAUUUACGGUGGUACCACUCAGCCAUUGAAUUCAAAGUAGACAGACUGCAAAUUAUCUUAGUUGCUAAAAAAUAUAUAUCUACGUGUCGCAACUGUUCAUCAGUAGGAUGCCUAAAAUGCGUGCAAUUCCACAAUUGGUUUCGGCUCCAUUAAAUCCUAUACCAAUUGCAGAACAUUUUAGGAGGAGCCACCCACCAUGUGAGCACAGUCACGGACAAUGUAUAAGUGAGGAAAAUAACGCAAAGUAAAAUUAAGACGUUAAUAAACGAACUAAAUAUACACGUCAAUUAAAUAAAUAAACAAAUAAUGCGCGCGCUCAAAAUAAAAUUGUACGCGUACACGUACCGAGAUACAUCUGAAAUACUUGAAUAAUUGUCUCAUCUCCCAUAUUCGGAAAAUGACAAAUUUUUAAAUGACUAUUUUUUCAAUCAACCUUCAAAUUUACUCGAUUUUGUAUGUUUAACUUUUAUUUGAAUGAUAAUUAAUUACCACAAUAAGGCUUUUAUUUACCAAAAUAUCUAUUUGUACACAUAGAUGAUUACCUUGGCCAGGUGAUAGUCCCGCUUUCCACUGUGAACAGAGACCAGACUUGUAGACUCAUCUUACCUGUCCUGCCCAAGUCUUCAAAGAGUGAGCACUCUAAGGGAGAUAUCAGCUUAGAGGUGAGGAAAAAUCGAAUUAUUUUCUAAGGGUCUGUGUGGCAGAGAGACUGUUCGCUGUUAUACAGACAGGGCUGUCACCAAGAGCCGGGGGAUCGGGAUUUUCCCUGGAUACCAACGCCAAGCAUGACCCCCGGUUACUUAUAGCAAGUAGAAGGAAGAAAGAACGGAAAGAACCUCCUAGCUGUUCAGUUCCCCCUCCUAUCGUGCCAGGUAAGGUAAUUCAGAUUCCGGAAUUCUGAGAACUUUUUGCUUAUGGAAUGUAAAAAUCCUGGGCUUUGGAAUCCGGAAUUCAGCUCAAGGAAUUCCGGAAUCCCACUAACUAUUGGAAUCCGGAAUCCAAUACCUGGAAUCCAGGAUCCACUGUCUUUGGGUACCUUAAACCGGGCGACACGUUCAUGUAUUUAUUUUAGGGACCUUGCGACGGCAACGGGGGCGUCAAAAAUAGCAAGAGGUUUAAUGAGCAAAACAACUCUGCACGUGCAUCACGCUUUUUUGUAAAUUUCUUUGCCGUCCCUGCACGACAACGACGUGAAAUGACCAAAUUUUAAGUUUCUUGAGAAGGGGGAUGGCAAAGCGAUAAAAUAAAUUCUACCAUCUCUGUCUGAACUCGAGCGCGGUUCUUUCUCUUCAGCUCCGUCCUAAAUUCCCUUCUUUUAAGUAACUGUGCGACUUGGGAUUAUCGCGAAAUAGUUUGAAAGGAUACAAUGGACGUCGCCGUUGUGAGAUCGUAAGGUCCCUAUUGCAUAUACCCGGCAGCGUGAGACCUUAGUGACAACCAUAAAUUGAAUCCUACGUUUUUGGUGCGAUUAUCGAAACACCUGUUGAGAUCAAUCGUAACCCGCUGUUUUGAUUUCGUAUGGCGAAUGCUCAUCAAACUAUAGAGUCACUGUGAACAGAAUAUAAUGCACGACCGCAAUAACAGUCGGCCCUUGGGCAAUGUCCAACGAAACUAUCCUGUAUGUUACCUAUAAAAUCCUGUCUGCGGUAGGACAUGGGAACCGGACAGAUAAAAGAAUUAUUAGCUGGAGAUUUUCUUAGUAAUUAAAGAAAUUGAAAGUUAAACAUAAUACACGGCCGUCGCAAUCGCUGCUUUUGAGGUAUACGACUGAGCAUUUACAGGUUACGUCAUUGUAAAAUGCUCUUUCAGUUCCUGCUAAAAAAAAUUCCAAAGACGAACUGUUUUCCUGUUUACAGAAAGUUGAUCACAUGAUCAGCUAUUGCAAAAGGCGUAUUGAAGGUGCUCAUACAUAUGUUCUAACAAUUUAGUAUUAAUUUUGCCCUUCUAUGUUUCAGUUUACUUUUGAUAAAGAUGGUAAAGUAUUUGACGCCACUCUGCCGAUGGUCAGUGGUUUUGAGAGAAAAGUUUCUUCUGGCAAGUAUCUACAGUGUAUACGUUGUUAUAGUCAAACGAAUUAAAUUAAAUGAAAUUCAAUGAAAUCUCUUUAAUCCUUAGUUUUUAAUUUUCACUUUUCAUAGCUUUUUCCUUUACCAUUGUUCUGUUGAUUUCUUUAACCCUUUGACUCCAUGUUUCCCGUGUACAGCCGCCACCCUUCCCUCGAACAAUUCCCGAUUUUGUUUGAACGCCGGAGGGGGCGGCUGUACGCAGGCUUUGAGUCCUAGCCUUCAUACGUCACUCUAACUUUAAAAUCUGUGGGCGAAAUCUCUUGGUGUUACCUUUCUAAUGAAACCUCUUCAGCUGUACUUUCACGUGGUACUAUUUAUUUAGCAUGUAGUUCUAACUUUUGAUUCUGUCGAUGAAAUCCAGUGGUGUGACCAUUCAAAUGAAACCUCUUCAGCAGUACUUUCACAUGGUACUAUUUAUUUAGUUUGUAGCUGUAAUUUCUGAGUCUGACGAUGAAAUCCUGUGUUGUUACCAUUCAAAUGAAACCUCUUCAGCAGUACUUUAAAACGGUGUUAUUUAUUUAGUAUGUAGCUCUAACUUUUGAGUCUGUGGAUGAAAUCCUAUGGUGUUACCUCUCAAAUGAAACCUCUUCAGCAGUACUUUCACAUGGUACUAUUUAUUUAGUAUCUAGUUCUAACUUUUGAGCCUGUCGAUGAAAUCCAAUAGUGUGACCAUUCAAAUGAAACCUCUUCAGCAGUACUUUCACAUGGUACUAUUUAUUAAGUAUGUAGUUCUAACGUUUAAAUCUGUGGAUGAAAUCACCCGGUGUUACCAUUCUAAUGAAACCUCUUUGGCAGAACUUUUACAUGGUACUGUUUAUCUUAUAAGAUUUAGAAUUAAGACUAAGAGAUUUGAUUUUGUUUGUGGGUGGAUUUUUCCUUUGGCCAGUAAAGAAAUGAAUGGUUAUUUCGUACGGAAUGUUUAUUUUAAAGAGCCAGCUUACUAACUUGCUGGCCCUAUCUAUCGCAACCGUAGAGGUAAAGUAAAUCGAUAAAUCGUUUUAGGAGUCAACUAUGUCGCGACUUGAUCUUGAAUGACAUUCCACUUGAAAGACAGUUGACCAUGCUUGGGUUACUGGCCAAGAAGCUUGCUUUGUUCUUGAACAUAAAUCUAGUAACUACUAAGUGUAAAGAGGCGAAAUAGUUGACAGCUCUUAUAAAGUCAGACUGUAUGCCUAUUCCUUUAUCAGAUGCUGAGAAACCUAGUGCUCAGAGCACCCCAUCAGAGGAGUCACCCUCGAUCUUGGUGAACGGAGUGGGGUCUGGUAUGGUAAACGGACACAUUCCGCUUCGUAAACGCUUUAUUGAGUCAAGCCUGGACGAGCUGGCCAUGGAGCUUGAAGCUUAUGAACAGGGCGAACAAAAGCCCAAGACACAUGAUGAUCACGUGAACGACACGCAAGAAACAGAAGAUCUCCACACAGAACCAGAAUUAUCCCCAGUUGUCAUAGCAGCGGAUGAAGCUGAAACGUCACGCGACACAGAACAGAUGGAAGACGAGUCUGAGAGGGCCAUUGUAGAAUUACUGAAAUUGUCUGGAGAGGUAUGGUGCAUGCGUUUUAUUGUCUUCGCCUGUAUUUUAAAAGACAGAGAAAAGUUUCUUCUGGCAAGUAUCUACAGUGUAUACGUUGUUAUGUAGUCAAACGAAUUAAAUUAAAUGAAAUUCAACGAAAUCUCUUUAAUCCUUAGUUUUUAAUUUUGACUUUUCAUAGCUUUUUCCUUUACCAUUGUUCUGUUGAUUUCUUUAACCCUUUGACUCCAUGUUUCCCGUGUACAGCCGCCACCCUUCCCUCGAACAAUCCCCGAUUUUGUUUGAGCGCUGGAGGGGGCGGUUGUACGCAGGCUUUGAGUCAACCAUCAUUGAAUGUGCAAUCGGAUUCGAUUCGCGCUAAGCUUUUCUGUUAAGAAAUCUACAUAACAAUGAAGCAUGCACGAAUACAAUCUAAUUUAUUCAAACCACAGACCACCCAGGCUCUGUGGUAUUACCACAGUACGGUUCCAGUAACAUUACAUCGUUUGUAUGGAGUAAAAAUACGAUCCUAAAAUUUGUAGAAAAUACUAAAUAAAAGCCAAUGGAACUUACUCUGCAGUUAGUCGUUGUUGUCCUUAAAGGGACACAUUAAUUAAUGCUCAAACGAAGUUCCAAGAUAAUUGCUCAAUUUCACCCUCCAUAUAAUAAUUAUAAUACACAAGGCAGGAGGUACGAGACGAAGUCUCAGUCGCGAAUAGAAGAAGCGAUGGCGUCCUCCAAAAAAGUCCAAAAGCCAGUUUGUUUCCUGUUAUUUUCAUAGGAUGUCCCAGAGGAAAGCAUCGAGGAAAAGAGAGAGACUGAAAGUGAAACGGAGGAAAAGAAAGGCGAGGAACAAACAGAAGAACAAAAAGAGGACAGCGAAAAAGUUGACGAGCAUCAAAUGCCAGAGGAACAGGAAGAAAAGACCGAAGAACCAAGCUUAAAACCGAAGCACCGAAGGUCAUUUAACUUGUUUAAGAGAAGAAAAACUGACAAAAAAGUAGAGAAGGACGAGGAAAAAGGUGAAGAAAAGGAAGAGACAGGAGAGGAGACACAAGAAAGUGAUAAAAAGGAGGAAACUCCAGCUGAAGGUACUGAAAGCCAUGAAGAAGUUCAUCUGCAAAAUGGAAAAGAGGACGAGGAACACGUGACAAAAGAAGAAGAGAAAGUAGAGGAAGAAUCUGAACUGGACAGAAAACCUAAGACGCGUCGCUCGUUUAACUUGCGGUUUAGAAAGCGACCAAAAAGUAUGGCUUCUGCUGAUAAGGAAACGGAGGAUGAUGGUGAAGAGACGGGUUUACCAAGACAAGACCCAGUCAGACACUCAUACCAUGCGGGGGAUUUAACAGCACUUGAGGCCUCCAAAUCGCGUAAGUAGAAAUUUUUGCGUGCACAUGUUUAAGUUUUACAAUCAUCGUCUGAGAGGGCUGGAAGGUACCCUCUCCUGGUACUUCCUUUUUUUUUAUGGCGAUGUUUGUGGCUUAUUGUCUCCUUUAGUGUCGGAACACACCAGGCGACAUGUCGCUGCACCAAGUCGCGGUGAUAAAUCACUUUUUUUGUACGAGUCGGGCGACAAGUUGUUGCAAGUUGAUGCAAUAUCGAUGCAACGGGUCGCAGAGGCAAGUCGCAGCGACAAUCACUUGGCUUGACCUAGAGAAUUUCUGUGCACUGAAAUCUUCGACAGGAUUUUGUCUUCGCCACAGUUCGCAAAGUCGAAUCAGUUGGAAUGUGUGAAUUUGUGUCUUGUCGCAAGACAAAUAAUUUCACAAAACGACCACUGUAGACACGAAGCAAUUUGUCUCUGCGACUUGUCUCCAAAUGUUUUCCGACCUUUAAUCCUUAUUUUUUAUCCUUCACUCCCUUCCCCCUCCCCCCUCAUUCCUUUUUGUUUGCUCUUGUCCCAGCUUUCUCGACGAACUCGCGCGGAAACGCUUGCUAUGCAGGCUAAUAGGAUGUGUAACACGAUCGCCGACCGGCCUGAGUCAUUUCGCAGACAUGCACUUGGCGCCAUUCGAGCCACUGAACAACGGCAUGACGUGUCUGUCAUCGCAUUAGCAAGUGGGAACAUUUACUGACAGUAUACCAUUAGUGUCUGCGAUCAUUUCCAUUCGCCCUUUUUCUCAUUGCCCGAUAAUACACCUUGUUUAUCCCCCCCACCGUCCCCCCAAAAAAAAUAGAAAGAAAGAAGGAAAAAGAAAUUCGCAUAAACAUUUAUUUUCACUUUCUCCUGGGUAUUGCAAUGCUUAUGCAAAAUUUCGAGGUGUAAGCGAGGUGUAUUGUGGGCAAUGCGAGAGUGGUGAAUACGUCCGAACAGGCAGCGUCCGAUCGUGCCGCAGAUCGUCAUGGAUUAUAUGGAAACUAUACUUAAAGUGAGACGUCACCAAAUUUCUUUCUUUCUCUUUUAGAAGAUAAAGAAGAGGUCAAGGAAAGUCAGACAGAAGAUAAUAAAGAUGAGGAGGCACAGGAAGGAAAACAAACUGAAGAUCACGAGGCAAGAGAAGAAGAAGAGAAACUGGAGGAAGCUUCAGAGCUUAACAGAAAACCAAAGAUGCGUCACUCGUUUAAUCUGCGGUUUAGAAGGCGACCAAAGAGUAUGGCUGCCGCCGAUAAGGAAACAGAGGAUGAUGGUGAAGAGGGAAUUUUGUCAAGACAUGAUCCUGUAAGACACUCAUAUCAUGCGGGGGAUUUACCAGUUCCUGACCCAUCUAAUCUACGUAAGUACAUUAAUACUUUGAUACCGACUCCACUAACACGAGAUAUCCAAUGUGAAAAGUUUACUGAUGCCUCAUUCAGUCUUCUGAUGUAGAUGUAUCCCAGUUAAGUUACCUCUAUGUUAUACUUAUAGUUAACAACUGCCUCGCAGAGUGGAGGUGGGUGCCCGUGAUGUCCAGGGGCUUCCACCUUUGGCACAGCCAGCUCCUAGACAGCGUUACGCCCCCAUGGCUGGCAAGGUCGGGGGAGGGAUGGGGGUAAAAAAAAUGAUCCAAAGGCUAAACGAAGAGAAUGGCCGCCACGAAAACACUGUUCUGAGCACAUGGAGACGAUGCAAGCAAGGCUGACCGCGCUUGAACCAAACGACUGACCGCUGACCACGCUCGCGCUCCUUGUUGUUAACUCUGUUAAAUAAAUAUUUAUUUAACCUCAUCAAAGAUACUAUAUGUUCUUGGCGAGAACGUGCGCCAUGCCUGAUGCGAAAUACUACUGAAAAACCACACUUGAGAAGUGGGCAAAAAAAAUGUGUGGAAACUUAUUUUGCAAAACUAAAUUUGGUAACUUUCCUUUUGCGUCUUUGGGCAUUUGUUAAAGUGAAACUUAAAGUUGUUAAGAUUCGUUGACAGCGUGUUGCUUUUAAGCUCCUAUUGUCAUUGUAAACGUCCACUUGCAACCUCUUUCUUUGUUCCUUUUAGGCAGAUCGACCAGUCAGUCAUCUCUGCUGAGUUAUUCACCGAAUCCAUACUCUACCUUGAUUAUCGAGACAGUCAGUAAAGGGCAGAAGAAGUAAGAUCAAGUGCAUAUGUUAUUAAAGAAAGUUAUUCCUUCCGCCUGUCACUAAAGGCGGGAAAUUGAAUGACCCAGUGCCAGUAACAACCCGGCGCAAAUAACACAUAGCCAACAUUAAACGCGGGAAAAUUUACCACGUGACGCGGUGGUCUUUGUUUCUUUCCUGAUUGGCUGACCGAGAAGUAACAUGCUUGUUUUCUUUGUUAGCGACUGAGAAUUACAAUUACUGUAUUCUGUUGCUAGCGACCGAGAAUUACCAUAUUUGUUUUCGUUGCUAGUGACCGAAGAUUACCAUAUUUGUUUUCGUUGCUAGCGACGGAGAAUUACCGUAUUUGUUUUGUGUUGAUGGUGACCGAGAAUUACCAUAUUUGGUUUCUGUUGCUAGCGACCGAGAACUACAUGUAACAUUUGUUCUUUUUGCUUGUUCACUGCUGAGGUUCAAGGGGGAAAAUCUCGUGAAAUUCAAUUUUGAAAAAAUUAGCCUGCGUCAGCACGGGCCUUGACUGCAAGAUAGGUCUUGUUCCGAAUAGUUGUCUAAAAACUGCUCUAGAUCCGUUUUUAGUUUAAUUACCGGUCAAUUAUCUGGUUAAUUCGAGCGAGCGGGGUCUCACGUUUGCGACACAAGUAUUCUCGAACUUUGGCUAGAAUGACAAUUACUCUUUAUGUAUCCUCUAGACAACAAUUUGAUCCUUGCAAGAGGAUCGGAAGUUAGUUGAAAUUCGCCCAUUGUCAUGCUGCCCCUAUCUAGAGACUACCCCCCCCCCAACUCCCACGUCUUUCUUAAUACUUAACUUUUUUUCUCAGAUAUUCACACAUCCCUCCUGUGAUGGCCAAAAGAGGAGCGUACGAGCGGGGAGGUAGCAAACUGCAUAUCUACAAUGACCACAUCUUUCAAGCUGUGCACUUCUCGGGAAGGUAAACUCUUUGAUUGUAAAUGCCUUGUCUCGUAUAGAAAACAUACAGUACUAUAUUUCUUAUGGUGGCAACUCUAAGUGACAAUAUCUAAGUGACAAGCUUGAGACAAACGAUGAACGAAACCCUUUAUACACAUUAUCGAACCACGAUGAACAAUGUCUUUCAUGACAAUAACUAAGGUGUUUAGCUGGCGUCCACUCGCAACCGUUUCCCAGUUGUUGAAAGCAGUAGGUGGCAGAACUCAUUUGAUAUGAGAACUAGCGUUAGAUAAGCAAGCACAACGCAAUAGACAUAUUUUUUAAUACUGUGGUUUACGGAAUUUAUGAUGUCAAUAUUGACAACGUUCUUGUGUCUGUUAAAACAGCUCCCCGGAUUGCGCUGUGUGCGGCAAGUUGAUUAGGGGAAAAGUUGGCAAGCAAGGCUAUCAAUGUAGAGGUAAUUAUUGAAAUAAAAAAAGAGAAAUUAAGGGUCACGUUUACGCCAAACGGCAAACGUGAAUUGUACCACGUGAACUUGCUUUCUCCUUAAUUGUCGUUUACUGGUUAUUACUUUUACCCAAAAAUAAGUAGUUUCACGCCAGUUUUAUCCAUAAGAAUUGUUCUGUCUGGGCAGUUUUUAUUUGCUUAUUUUCUACUACUGAGAAAUUCUCAAGUUGAAUCUGACGUUUGGACGUACUUUACUACAAUUUGUGAACGGCCACUUUGCGCAUUAGUGUAAUCAAACCGGCUGAACUUGUGCAGUAGUGUUAACAAUUGUAGGGAGUGGAUGUACCCCCCCCCCCCCGUUCAAUAAAUGUAGCAGGUGUAUUUAUCGUAAAAUUCCAAGGAAACUCCGAUCGAGGUGCCAGACGUUCCCCAUAUGGAUGCGGCUGCAAUUUAUUUUAAACCCUAAGAGAAACCCUCACGGAAAAAAUCAGUUUGAGUAACAACAGAUAGUUCCAUCCUUCUCUUCUUGCUCGAGACCCUUAAACUCCCCCAGAAGCUACCUCUGCGGUACCUAGGGCGGUCUUUUUGGAUUAAAGCACCCAGGCUGUACCAAUCCACAAAUUUUAACAACUAACUCCCAGGAAUCGACGCAUGUGUCUAAGAAAACUGACAAAAUAUAGACUUGACCGGAAUUGAGCUUCGUUGCAUUUGGUUUCAUGUACGGCCCUCUGUUGUGUCCACAGGGUGUAAAAUGGUCACGCAUCGUGACUGCCAUUAUGAGACCACUGCAAUGUGCACUAGUGAUGCAGUCAAACAUAUGGACAUGUAA